UCGACGCGGCUGCUCCGGGGGAUGAGCGGGGCUGUCCCGCCGCCGGGAUCCUCCUCCUCGGGGGCGGGCGCAGCGCCGGGAGCGCGGCCGGGCCUGUGCGCAGCGAAACCGCGUCCGCGCGGGCCCGCGGCCGGCGGCGCUCGGUUCCGGGCGGUGUGCGAGCGCCAUGGCGGGCGGGCGGGGCGGUGCCGUCCUGCUGCUCCUGGCGCUGUGCCUGCAGCCGCCGUCCGCCCGGACCCGCAGCCUCCGCUUCGUGACAUUGGUGUACCGGCACGGAGACCGCUCGCCCAUCAAGGCCUUCCCGCGGGACCCGCACCAGGAGAGCGCUUGGCCCCAGGGAUUCGGGCAGCUCACGCAGGUGGGGAUGCGGCAGCAGUGGGAGCUGGGCCAGGCCCUGCGGCGGCGCUACCGCGACUUCCUCAGCGACACGUACCGGCGGCAGGAGAUCUUCAUCCGCAGCACCGACUGCGAUCGGACGCUGAUGAGCGCAGAAGCCAACCUAGCAGGCCUCUAUCCCCCAGGAGGACAAGAGAUGUUCAACCCUAACAUCUCCUGGCAGCCUAUCCCUGUGCACACAGUGCCUGAGUCUGACGAAAGGCUACUGAAGUUCCCUUUGACACCUUGUCCACGGUAUGAACAGCUACAGACUGAAACACGGCACUCAGCAGAAUACGUAAAUAAGACCAAAGAGAAUUGGCAAUUCCUGCAGAUGGUGGCAAAGGAGACUGGGAUCCGGGAUAUCUCUCUCGAGAGUAUAUGGAGUGUGUAUGACACAUUGUUUUGUGAACAAGUACACAAAAUGGAUUUGCCUGGAUGGGUGACUCCAGAUGUCAUGACUCGACUGAAGGAACUAAAAGACUUUGGCUUUGAAUUUCUAUUUGGGGUCCACAAUCGGGUAGAAAAAGCUCGUCUGCAAGGCGGGGUCCUGCUGGAUCACAUAAGGAAAAAUCUAACCAAAGCAGCAAAUGUUACUGCCCAUCAGAACCUAAAACUACUUGUCUAUUCAGCGCAUGACACCACACUUGUGGCACUGCAGAUGGCUCUAGAUGUCUUCAACAAGAUCCAAGCACCAUACGCCUCAUGUCAUUUAUUUGAACUGUACCAAGAGGAUGAUGGUAACUUCUCCGUGGAGAUGUUUUACCGCAAUGAGAGUGGGAAGGAACCCUUCCCACUGACAAUCCCUGGCUGUCAGCAUAAAUGUCCAUUGCAAAGAUUCUUGGAACUCACAGAGCCUGUUGUUCCCCAGAACUGGGAGCAAGAAUGCAAGGUGUCAAGCAGUAUUCACGACACAGAACUCUUUGUGGGUUUGGCUGUGUGUGGAUCCAUUCUCCUUCUCCUUAUUAUUCUCCUCCUGACUGUACUCUUUCGCAUACAGUCUCAGCCCUCUGGCUACCGACACAUUUCCAAUCAAGGAGAAGAGCAGGCCUGACAGUUUCUUCAACUCCUUCCUAGGCAGUAGGAAGGAGCUGUGUUGCCCCUAAGGAUGAUUG